AUGGAAACACACAAUAAGACCUCUGUGACUAUGUUCUUUCUUCAUGGUCUUGCUGGCUAUCCUGUCUUUUAUAUGGUUUUCUUUCUGUUAUGCCUUAUUAUGUACAUUGUAAUCCUGAUGGGCAACAGUUUUCUCAUUACAAUCAGCAUCCUGGACUCUCACCUCCACACUCCCAUGUAUUUCUUCCUCAGUAAUCUUUCUUUUUUGGACAUCUGCUACACAUCUUCUUCCAUUCCCUUGUUACUUGUGAAUUUCCUUUCAGAGGAAAAAUCUAUUUCCUUCAUUGGAUGUGGAUUACAAAUGUUCUUUUCCUUUGCCAUGGGAUCCACAGAGUGUGUGCUCCUUUCUGUAAUGGCAUUUGAUCGUUAUGUAGCCAUUUGCAAUCCUCUGAGAUAUACAAUUAUCAUGAACAAGGGCCUUUCUGUGAAGAUGGUGACUGGUUGUUGGAUGGCAGGUGGGUUGACUUCAGUGAUACAAACCUCCCUAGUUAUGCGUCUGACAUUUUGUGGGAACGUCAUUGACUAUCUCACAUGUGAGAUCCUGGCUGUGUUGAAAUUGGCCUGUGAAGAUAUUUCUCUCAAUGUGAUUAUAAUGGUGAUAUCAAAUAUUUUUAUAAUAGUGAUUCCAGUGGUAUUCAUAUUCAUCUCCUACUUUUUCAUUCUAUUUACCAUCUUGAGAAUCAAUUCUGUUGAGGGAAGAAAAAAAGCCUUUUCUACCUGCUCUUCCCAUCUGACUGUAGUGAUUAUGUUUUAUGGAACUAUCACCUUCAUGUACAUGAAGCCAGAGUCCAAAGACUCCCAUGCAACAGAUGAACUGAUUGCUCUCUUCUAUGCUGUGGUCAUUCCUAUGCUGAAUCCCAUCAUUUACAGUCUGAGGAACAAGGAUGUGAAAGCAGCUGUGAUAAAGCUCAGCAAAAAUAUCUUCUCACAGAGAACAUGAGAGACUGUAAUAA